CAAGCCCACAGUGGCAAAAAUGAGGGGGCAAUGUGUGUGGUUGUGUUUCGUUGCUCUGUCCUUUGCCAGUGUCUUCGAUGUUCAAGCCAGACUGGUUCGCAACCACGUCAGCAGCAUCUGCAGCACUUGGGGCAGAGAGCACUUCAAGACCUUUGACGGAAACGUGUAUCAGUUUCCUGGUAUGUGUGAGUACAACCUGGUUUCCGAUUGCCACGAGUCCUACCAGGAGUUCUCCGUGCACAUGAAGAGGAAAGACAAAGAAGGAAACCCUCAAGUCAGCCAUGUGGUGGUCACCAUCAAUGACCUUUUGUUCUACAUCACCAAGGACAUGAUCACUGUGAAUGACCUCCCUGUUAAAACACCUUACUACAGUGGAGGGGUACAAUUGGAAAAUAAUGCUGUGUACAUCAAGCUCCAAUCUAAAGUUGGCAUCACAGUCAUGUGGAACGGGGAUGAUGCAGUCAUGGUGGAACUGGAUGCAGAUUAUGUGAAUCGUACUUGUGGACUUUGUGGAGACUUCAACGGUGUCCUUUCCCACAAUGAGUUUGUUCAUAAUGGUCGCAAAAUCAGCCCCAUUGAGUUUGGAAACAAGCAGAAAGUCCAUCGUCCCAACGAUGAUUGCGAGGAUCCCUAUGAGGAGGAAGAGGAAUCCCUGGAGACUGUGCUGGAUUCAUGCAAAGAGUUUCAAACCACCUGCAACCAGAUGCUGCAUUCAGACGCCUGGAGCUCCUGCAGCAGACUGAUUAACCCCGAGCCUUACAUCCAGGCCUGUGUGCAGGACAUGUGUGGAUGUGCCAACAAUACAAAUGACUUUUGUGUCUGCAGCACGCUCUCUGAGUUCUCUCGACAGUGUUCCCACGCAGGAGGGCAUCCUCCCAACUGGAGGACGCCUCAGUUCUGUGCUAAACAGUGCCCGUACAACAUGGUUUAUGAAGAGAGCGGUUCCCCUUGCAUGGAUACAUGUGCACUAGACACAAGUUCACUGUGUGAGGACCAUAAAACCGACGGCUGCUUCUGUCCUCCUGGAACUGUGUUUGAUGACAUUUCAAUGAGAGGUUGUAUCGCUCAAUCUGAAUGUCAGUGCAAACACAACAAAAUCUACAACUCUGGUGAAGUCUACCGACAGGACAGAGAGGAGUGUACAUGUGUUGAGGGUAGAUGGGCUUGUGAGAGCCUUCUUGCACCCGCUACAUGUGCUGUUGAAGAGGGUUCACACGUAACUACCUUUGACGGAAAGACCUACACCUUCCAUGGAGACUGUUACUACACUCUAGCUAAAGUGCAAAGCAAGGAUCAUGCAAGUCCAAAGUUUACCAUCCUGGUUCAAUUGGUGCCUUGUGCAAAUCAAGAAUUUGACACUUGUCUUAAGAGCCUUAAAAUCCUGCUGAACAACGACAAAAACAACGUGUUAAUGUUCACCUCUGAUGGCACAGUGAAACAGAACAUGCAGAUCAUCAGUUUGCCGUACCACUCAGGGGACAUCAGCAUAUUCCAUGCUUCAUCCUUUCACAUCUUGCUCCAGACCAGUUUUGGGUUGCAAAUUCAGAUCCAACAUGUGCCUGUUAUGCAAGUCUAUGUAAGCCUGGAACAAAGCUACAGAGCAAAGACGAAAGGUUUAUGCGGGAACUACAACAUGGUCCUGUCUGAUGACAUGAAGACUCCUCAGGGGAUGGUUGAGGGAACGGCCCUAAUGUUUAGUAACUCCUGGAAGGCUAACCUCAUGUGCCAAGACAGAGAGGAAAGACUUGAGGACCCCUGUUCCCUUAGUGUGGAAAACGAAUUGUAUGCUAAACACUGGUGUGCAUUGCUACUGAGUCCAGAAAGCAAUUUUGCGCCGUGCCGUUCAGUGGUGGACCCUGAGAUAUACUACAAGCGAUGUACUUAUGCUAGCUGUAACUGUGAGAAGAGUGAAGACUGCUUGUGCGCCGUCUUCUCCUCCUACGCUCGGGCUUGUGCAUCGAGGGGAGUGCUCUUGACAGACUGGAGGGAGAAUGUGUGCGAUAAAUACACAAAGAGCUGCCCGACAUCGCAGAUCUUCUCUUACAAGCAUCAGAGGUGCCAGUUGACUUGCAGAUCACUGAGCACAAUGCAGCAAAGUUGCACUUCUGACUUCUUGCCCGUGGAUGGCUGCUCCUGCUCUGAGGGUCUAUACCUAAAUGAAAAUGGCAUCUGCGUUCCCACGGCAAAAUGUCCCUGCUACCACAAUGAAGCCUACGUCAAGUCAGGAAAGUCCAUCAGUAUCAAAGAUGAGCACUGUGUGUGUACCAAUGGAAUGCUUCAUUGCCAUUCUUGGAGAGCCCGUUCAUCAACAUGCCCGUUUCCAAAAACGUUCUUCAACUGCUCCUCGGCGGCCGCAGGAGAGCUGAAACUGCACUGUGCUCGAACUUGUCUGAAUUUGGACAGCGAUGAUUGUGACUCCACAGAGUGUGAAUCUGGCUGCCGGUGUCCAGCUGGCCUCCUUGAUGAUGGCAAAGGUUCCUGUGUGACAGAAAAUCAAUGUCCAUGUCAACACGAUGGGCACAUUUAUGCCCUUGGAUCCCAAAUCCCUGAUCAGUGCAACACCUGCACCUGCAAAAGUGGAAGCUGGGAGUGCAGCAAGGAAAAAUGUCCAGGAACUUGUGUUAUUUAUGGGAGUGGUCACUACAAGACAUUUGAUCAGCGAUCGUAUGGAUUUCAAGGACAUUGUGCCUAUGUUGCUGUAAAGAACAAAUGUGGCAAUAAAACAGUAGCGGAAAGCUUUAGCGUUAUCACAGAAAACAUUCCAUGUGGGACGACAGGCACCACGUGCUCCAAAGCUGUCAGAAUCCAGCUAGGGCGAAUGGAAGUCAAACUUUCAAAGGGUAAAUAUGAAGAGGUCGACCUGGGACAUGGUGCUGAGAUCCAAUACACAAUAAGGAAGGUUGGCUUGUACGUGGUGAUAGAAUCUGCCAUUGGUCUGGUCGUGAUCUGGGAUGGCAAAACAACUGUUCGCAUCGUCUUGGAACCACACCACAACGGAGAGGUAUGUGGCCUUUGUGGAGAUUUUGAUGGUGAUGGACAGAACGACUUCACUACCCAGGGUCAGCUGGUAGUGAGCAAUCCGUUAGAAUUUGCGAAUAGCUGGAAAGUGUCAAGCCAGUGCCCAGAUGUUGAUAUAGUUACUGAUGCUUGUGCAGUAAAACCCAAUCGACAUCAUUGGGCAAAGGUUAUGUGCAGCAUUAUAACCGGAGAUACGUUCAAACAGUGCCACAAUAAGGUAGAUCCCAAGCCAUUUUAUGAAAACUGUGUGAAAGACUCGUGUGCCUGCGACACUGGAGGGGACUGCGAGUGUUUCUGCUCAGCAGUCGCAGCGUACGCUCAAGCUUGUAACGAGGCUUCUGUCUGUGUGGCAUGGAGAACACCGGAAAUCUGUCCUGUCUAUUGUGAUUACUACAAUAAGCCAGAAGAAUGCAAGUGGCACUACAACCCCUGCCACAAACCUUGCUACAAGACCUGUUUGAAUCCAGAAGGAAUUUGUAGCGAACCUUUACCCAACCUAGAAGGUUGUUACCCCAAGUGCCCAGAAGACAAGCCCAUAUUUGAUGAGGAAACAGGGUGGUGUGUGGAGGAAUGUGAAGGAACAACCACACCCACGGAGCCCACAACAACCACAACUACACAAUCUACAACCCCACCACCUACAACUACAACUCCACCAACUGAACCACCUACAACUACAACCCAACCACCUACAACUACAACACCUACAACUACAACCCCACCACCUACAACUACAACUCCACCAGCUGAACCACCUACAACUACAACCCCACCACCUACAACUACACCUUGUGUUACAACAUGUGAGUGGUCAGAAUGGUAUGAUGUGCAUAACCCACUACAGGACAAAAAUGACUUUGAAACAUAUGAAAACAUCUUAAAUAGUGGUAAACAAAUAUGCAACAAUACAAAAGAAAUUGACUGUAGAGCAACAGAUUAUCCUGACAAAGAUUUCAAUGACUUUGUGAGUCAGACUGGCCAAGUUGUUUCUUGUGAUGUGGGAAAUGGUUUAAUAUGUAGAAAAGAGGACCAGAAAAAACCUCCAAGAAAAUGUUUCAACUAUAAGAUCAGAGUAUGUUGUGAAGUAGACACAUGUUCAACAACAACCCAAGAGCCAACCACAACUACACAUUCUAUAACUACACCUGCACCUACAACUACAAUCCCACCAACUGCACCACCUACAACUACAACCCAACCACCUACAACUACAACCCCACCAACUGAACCACCUACAACUACAACCCAACCACCUACAACUACAACCCCACCACCUACAACUACAACCCCACCACCUACAACUACAACCCUACCACCUACAACUACAACCCCACCACCUACAACUACAACCCCACCAACUGAACCGCCUACAACUACAACUACAACCCCACCAACCCAACCACCUACAACUACAACUCCACCACCUACAACUACUACCCCACCAACUGAACCACCUACAACUACAACCCCACCACCUACAACUACAACCCCACCAACUGAACCACCUACAACUACAACCCCACCACCUACAACUACAACCCCACCAACCCAACCACCUACAACUACUACCCCACCAACUGAACCACCUACAACUACAACCCCACCACCUACAACUACAACCCCACCAACUGAACCGCCUACAACUACAACCCAACCACCUACAACUACAACCCCACCAACUGAACCACCUACAACUACAACCCCUCCACCUACAACUACAACCCCACCAACCCAACCACCUACAACUACUACCCCACCAACUGAACCACCUACAACUACAACCCCACCACCUACAACUACAACCCCACCAACUGAACCGCCUACAACUACAACCCAACCACCUACAACUACAACCCCACCAACUGAACCACCUACAACUACAACCCCACCACCUACAACUACAACCCCACCAACUGAACCACCUACAACCACAACCCAACCACCUACAACUACAACCCCACCAACUGAACCACCUACAACUACAACCCCACCACCUACAACUACAACCCCACCAACUAAACCACCUACAACCACACCUUGUGUUACAACAUGUGAGUGGUCAGAAUGGUAUGAUGUGCAUAACCCACUACAGGACAAAAAUGACUUUGAAACAUAUGAAAACAUCUUAAGUAGUGGUAAACAAAUAUGCAACAAUACAAAAGAAAUUGACUGUAGAGCAACAGAUUAUCCUGACAAAGAUUUCAAUGACUUUGUGAGUCAGACUGGCCAAGUUGUUUCUUGUGAUGUGGGAAAUGGUUUAAUAUGUAGAAAAGAGGACCAAAAAAAACCUCCAAGAAAAUGUUUCAACUAUAAGAUCAGAGUAUGUUGUGAAGUAGACACAUGUUCAACAACAACCCAAGAGCCAACCACAACUACACAUUCUACAACCCCAUCAACUACACCUGCACCUACAACUACAACCCCACCAACUGAACCACCUACAACUACAACCCAACCACCUACAACUACAAUACCACCAACUGAACCACCUACAACUACACCUAGAACUACAACCCCACCAACUGAACCACCUACAACUACAUCCCCACCAACUGAACCACCUACAACUACACCUAGAACUACAACAGAAGAACCAACUACAACCCAGAAGCCCACAACAACUACAACCACUGUACCACCUACAACGACACCAACUGAACCACCUACAACUACACCUAGAACUACAACCCCACCAACUGAACCACCUACAACUACAUCCCCACCAACUGAACCACCUACAACUACACCUAGAACUACAACAGAAGAACCAACUACAACCCAGAAGCCCACAACAACUACAACCACUGUACCACCUACAACGACACCAACUGAACCACCUACAACUACACCUAGAACUACAACCCCACCAACUGAACCACCUACAACUACAUCCCCUACAACUACACCUAGAACUACAACAGAAGAACCAACAACAACCCAGAAGCCCACAACAACUACAACCACUGUACCACCUACAACUACAACGCCACCAACUGAACCACCUACAACUACACCUAGAACUACAGCCCCACCAACUGAACCACCUACAACUACAUCCCCACCAACUGAACCACCUACAACUACACCUAGAACUACAACAGAAGAACCAACAACAACCCAGAAGCCCACAACAACUACAACCACUGUACCACCUACAACUACAACGCCACCAACUGAACCACCUACAACUACACCUAGAACUACAACCCCACCAACUGAACCACCUACAACUACAUCCCCACCAACUGAACCACCUACAACUACACCUAGAACUACAACAGAAGAACCAACAACAACCCAGAAGCCCACAACAACUACAACCACUGUACCACCUACAACGACACCAACUGAACCACCUACAACUACACCUAGAACUACAACCCCACCAACUGAACCACCUACAACUACAUCCCCACCAACUGAACCACCUACAACUACACCUAGAACUACAACAGAAGAACCUACCACAACCCAGAAGCCCACAACAACUACAACCACUGUACCACCUACAACUACAACGCCACCAACUGAACCACCUACAACUACAUCCCCACCAACUGAACCACCAACAACUACACCUAGAACUACAACAGAAGAACCUACCACAACCCAGAAGCCCACAACAACUACAACCACUGUACCACCUACAACUACAACGCCACCAACUGAACCACCUACAACUACACCUAGAACUACAACCCCACCAACUGAACCACCUACAACUACAUCCCCACCAACUGAACCACCUACAACUACACGUAGAACUACAACAGAAGAACCUACCACAACCCAGAAGCCCACAACAACUACAACCACUGUACCACCUACAAAUACAACGCCACCAACUGAACCACCUACAACUACACCUAGAACUACAACCCCACCAACUGAACCACCUACAACUACAUCCCCACCAACUGAACCACCUACAACUACACCUAGAACUACAACAGAAGAACCCACCACAACCCAGAAGCCCACAACAACUACAACCACUGUACCACCUACAACUACAACGCCACCAACUGAACCACCUACAACUACACCUAGAACUACAGCCCCACCAACUGAACCACCUACAACUACAUCCCCACCAACUGAACCACCUACAACUACAACCCCACCAACUGAACCACCUACAACUACAUCCCCACCAACUGAACCACCUACAACUACACCUAGAACUACAACAGAAGAACCUACCACAACCCAGAAGCCCACAACCACUACAACCACUGUACCACCUACAACUACAACGCCACCAACUGAACCACCUACAACUACACCUAGAACUACAACCCCACCAACUGAACCACCUACAACUACAUCCCCACCAACUGAACCACCUACAACUACACCUAGAACUACAAGCCCACCAACUGAACCACCUUCAACUACACCUACAACUACAACAGAAAAACCAACCACAACGACAGAAUAUACAAUCCCCCCAACUGGAACAACCAUUUGUCCUGAAUGGAAUGUAACACAAAAUGAGACGUUCCAUUUGUGUGAGUGCCUCAUGGCCCGUUGCAUUGAGAAUAAUACAAUUGAAGUUUUUCCAUUGGAAUGUCCACCCCUUAAGAACAUCACUUGUAGCAAUGAAAAGGAUCCAGUUUUGGUGUGGGAUGAGUACCACUGCUGUCAGCAUUACGCAUGUGACUGCGUCUGUGAAGGCUGGGGAGAUCCUCAUUACAUCACAUUUGAUGGAUUAUUCUACAGUUAUCAAGGAAACUGUACUUACGUCUUGAUGGAAGAAAUGUUACCAAAACAUAAUUUGAACAUUUAUAUUGACAAUGUCUUUUGUGAUCCCACUGAAGAUGUUUCUUGUCCACGAUCAAUAAUUAUAUCUUACAAAGGACAGGUUAUUACACUCAUAAAUCAUAACCUCAUUGGAGCAGCGCAGUUAGAGGCACAGAUAAAUGGAGUCCGCCUGAAACUACCAUUUUCACAGCACAGUGUUAAAAUCUUAGAUACUGGAAUCAACCUUAUUUUGGAGAUCCCCUUCCUAAAAGUGGUCAUUACAUUUGGAAUAACUGGCUUCAGUGUCACCCUUCCAUAUCAAUAUUUUGGUGGUAACACACAAGGACACUGUGGGACAUGCAAUAACAACCAGGCUGAUGACUGCAUGCUGCCUGGAGGCAAGCUGAUAGAAAAUUGUGCAGUGAUGGCUGACUAUUGGCCUGCAAAACACAUUUACCAACCCACAUGCCAAAUACCAUCUGUACUGCCCACUAAUGUACCUGGGCCUCCACCAACCUUUACUCCCUGCAAACCAGACUCCAUAUGUCACCUGCUUACGAGCAGUGUGUUCGCAGCGUGCCAUCCCUUUGUCCCUCCGGACAAUUUCUACCGAGGUUGUGUUUUUGAUAGCUGCCAUGUUUCCAACCCAACAGUAGAAUGCACAAGUUUACAGACUUACGCCGCUGCCUGUGCUCAGGCGGGGGUUUGUCUGCACUGGAGGAACCACACCACCCUGUGUGCGAGUGGAUGCCCGUCAAACAAAGUUUACAAACCAUGUGGUCCUGCAGAACAAGCAACCUGUGACGACAAUCCUAAUGAACCAACCAUGAACUACACUACAGAGGGUUGCUUUUGUCCUGAUGGGACGAAACUCUUCAACAAAGAUUCUGGUGUAUGUGUUGAUAAGUGUGGAUGUCUUGAUCCUGAGGGCAUUCCCCGAGAGUUUAAUGAAAGGUUUGAGUACAAAUGCCAAACCUGCAUUUGUGAGGAGUCGACCAAGGCUGUGACUUGCAAACCUAAGGCAUGCCCAAAGCCACCAAUAGCAAACUGCAGUGGCCCUGGGUUUGUCCUCGUCAACCAAACCAAUCCAUCAGACUCUUGCUGCUCUGCCUUUGUUUGCCAAUGUCAAAGCAACCGUUGCCCAGUCUACAACAUGAACUGUCCGAUAGGAUACAGGCCCGUUAUUAGUGUUCCUGAGGGAAAAUGCUGCCCAGAACGAAGCUGCGAGCCAAAAAGGGUUUGUGUUCACAAAGAGAGUGAAUAUCAGCCCGGCUCUCCAGUUCCUGGGCCUGAAUGUCAGGAUUGUGUCUGUACAAAUGAGGUGGACCCGCGCUCUGGUCUCUUCAAGAUAAAUUGUGAUUUCAAGAAAUGUGAAAAAGACUGUGACAUGGGAUAUGAAUAUCUGGAAACUGAUUCCAAUGAAUGCUGUGGGAAGUGUGUGCAGACACACUGUGUUGUCAUUCUUAAUGAUACUAUGAACCUCUUAAAGCCCGGAGAUACCUGGUCACCACCGCUGAAUCAGUGCGAGCAUUACUCUUGUCUUAAGGUCGGUGAUACUUUAACAACGUUUAAUUCGCAAGUUGUCUGCCCAGCAUUCCUGCAGAAAGACUGCCAACCAGGCACAAUUGAGACUGCAGCAAAUGGCUGUUGUAAAAUUUGUGUGGCGAGGGAUAAAGCCUGCAAAUUAGUAUCCAUGAAACAGAAAGUUAGGCAAAACAGCUGUCAGUCUAACCAGGAGGUAGAUAUGCCAUAUUGUGAAGGAUCCUGCAACACUUUCACCAAGUAUUCUGAAGCGGCAGCUGCUAUGCACCAUUCAUGCUCCUGCUGUAAGGAGACACGCUCCAGCAAUCGCACCGUUGACUUACACUGUCUGAAUGGAGAUGUGGUGCCCUUUUCUUACACCCACGUGGAGGAGUGUGGCUGUGGCCACAGAGACUGCACCCAAGCUGCUGCACAACUUACUCGCAGGAGGCGAAGCUCCACACUGGUGUGAUGAAAACAUCGGUCAUCAAAUUAAUGGAAAUGAAAUGUAAAUGUUUCUUCCCAUAUUUUCUAAACAAUCAUUAGAUAUUUUACAAAGCACUUGCCUUUGUAGUAUAUCUGUCUAUUAAUCAAAUAAAAAUAUGCAAAG